AUGUGGAGGUGCAACCAGACCUCUCUGGAAGACUUCAUCCUUCAAGGGCUGUUUGAUGACUCCUUCAACCACCGCUGCCUUUUCCUCUUGAUCAUGCUGGUCUUCCUUACUGCAGUGAGUGGCAAUAGCCUCACCAUCCUCCUCAUCUGCUCUGACCCCCAUCUUCACACACCAAUGUACUUCCUGCUCAGCCAGCUGUCCCUCAUGGAUCUGAUGCAUGUCUUUACAACCAUCCCCAAGAUGGCCAGCAACUACCUGUCUGGCAAGAAGUCCAUCUCAUUUGUGGGCUGUGCCACCCAGCACUUCCUGUAUCUGUCUCUGGGUGGUGCAGAGUGUCUUCUCCUGGCCCUCAUGUCCUAUGACCGCUAUGUUGCCAUCUGCCACCCCUUACGCUACACUGUGCUCAUGAGUAGAAGGGUGGGAGUGAUGAUGGCUGUCAUGUCAUGGUUGAGUGCAUCUGUGAACUCCCUAAUCCACACAGCCAUCUUGAUGAGCUUCCCUUUCUGUGGGUCGAGAAUCAUCCAUCACUUCUACUGUGAAUUUCCAGCUGUUUUGAAGCUGGUGUGUGGGGACAUCACUGUGUAUGAGAACACAGUCUACAUCAGCAGUAUUGUGCUUCUCCUCCUCCCCAUCCUUCUUGUCUCUACAUCCUAUGGAUUCAUUCUCCACAGUGUCAUUCAGAUGCGCUCAGCUGGGAGUAAGAGAAAUGCCUUUGCCACAUGCAGCUCUCACUUCAUUGUGGUUUCCCUUUGGUUUGGUGCCUGCAUAUUCUCCUACAUGAGGCCCAGGUCCCAGCGUACCCCAUUGCAAGAUAAAGUGGGUUCCGUUUUCUAUAGCAUCAUCACUCCCACUCUGAAUCCCUUGAUUUAUACUCUCCGGAAUAAGGAUGUUGCUAAGGCUCUGAAGAAAGCGUGGAGGAGUGAUCGUGUCACCUAG